AUGCCGACCUCAAAAUUCUUAUGUUUGCUUCUACUGCCGACCCUAGCGUUAGGGGCUAUCGAGAGAAAACGGAUUGUGACAGAGAAUAACAUCAUCCGAACAAAGCUGAUCACCAAUGAAACGACCCCAUUGCAAGUUGGGAACGGCAACUUUGCAUUCAGUGUUGAUACGACUGGAAUGCAAACAUACCUCCCUUUCAACACAAUGUCCCGCUGGGCUUGGCAUAAUGACACUGAACCAGCUGGAAAGCCCAUCGAUACAUACACUGGUGUACCUAAAGAAACACAUGGUAGAAAUGUAUCUUAUGAUCUCCCCGACCGAGAUCUUCCCGAUGUUUCUCAGUGGCUCAUAGGGAAUCCCAAUCGUGUCAAUCUUGGACGCAUCGGACUCCGAUAUAACGGCGAUACGCUGGAAUCAAGCAGCAUAUCCAACACCCACCAAGAACUAGACCUCUGGCAAGGAGUUAUCACAUCAACCUUCAGUGUUGAUGGUGCAAAGGUUAAAGUUGUUACCCAAGGUGACUUCGAGUCAGACGCAGUCAUUUUCACAAUUGACUCAGAGUUGAUCGAGUCAAGAAAGCUCAACGUCGAACUGGACUUUCCAUACCCUCCGAUCCAUACAACAAAGUACAAGAACGAGGUCUUUGUUGGCGUCUACGAUUUCCCUAUGAAUCAUACAACAAAGCUUUCAACAAGCCCGAAACAGAACUCAGCGCAUAUUUAUCAUGACUUGGGUACCAAGUACUAUGUGAACCUUCGUUGGCCUGUGAAAGAUGCACUGGCAUUAAAGCGCCUUGAGCCGCAGGGUUCUACCAAGCUCACGGCUCAUCGAUAUAUCCUUUCAUCAAGGCAUGGAAAGACCAUUUCUUUCGUGGCUCACUUCUCCCCAGAUAAGAGAGUACCAGAUCUGCCGUCUACUAUUGCUAGUCGUAACAGAGCUGGAUGGCAAGACUACUGGAGUGAAGGGGGUUUUGUGGAUUUGACCGAGUCUACGAACCCCAACGCUACUGAGAUACAACGUCGAAUCGUGACCUCCCAAUACCAUGUCAGAGUCAAUAGUGCUGCCAAUGGUGAGUCUCCGCAAGAGAGCGGCUUGAUGAACAACGGUUGGUAUGGCAAGUUUCACAUGGAGAUGGUCGUAUGGCACAACGCCCACUGGAUCUCAUGGGGCCGAGAUCGAUAUUUUCACAAUAUCUUUCCCGCACUUUAUGAAAAGCUUCUGCCUACAUCACUCGCCCGGGCGAAGAAGAUGGGAUGGGAGGGGGCGCGUUGGCCGAAGAUGACCGAAACGAUCACUGGACGAAGUUCACCUGGUGGAAUCAACGCAUAUCUGAUGUGGCAGCAACCGCAUCCCAUGUACAUGGCUAUGCUCGCUUUCAAGAGUAAGCCCACAAAGAAGACUCUGAAGCGUUGGGAUCCAAUUUUGGAGGCGACUGCGGAUUACAUGGCAUCUUAUGCAUGGUUGAACGAGUCGUCUGGCAGAUAUGAUCUAGGUCCCCCUGCGAUCGGUGUUACUGAAAACACGCCCCCGGAGACAACACUCAAUCUUGCUUACGAAGUCGCGUACUGGAGAUACGGCCUUGACGUUGCCUGCGAAUGGAAGAAGAAACUCGGCUUACCUAUACCCAAGCACUGGACGACUGUUGCAAAGAACCUGGCUAAGCCUCCUCAAAUCGGCGGACUCUACACAGUUUACGACGGCCUCAACUCUACCUGGUGGGAUGAUCCGGCACUCAACCGUGACCCGAGAAGUUUGAUCAUGCUACAGGGCAUUUUACCCGACACACCUGCAGUGGACAAGGAGGUAGCGCUACGAACAGCGGAUAAGGUCUGGGAAGUCUGGGCUGACCAAAACAUCCGGGGAUGGGGGCGGCCUGUACUGGCGAUUAACUCGGCUCGCAUUGGGAAUCCUGAGCGCGCGAUAUAUCACUUGACAGCAUAUGAUUAUUGGAAGUUUGAUGACGCAGGAUUUGCCAUUCGUGGUGGUGACGGAAACACGCCACCUCCGUUCAUGCCUGGUAAUGCUGGGUUCUUGUUAGCCGUUGCCUAUAUGGCUAAAGGAUGGGAUGGAUCGAAAGCUGAUACGCCUGGGUUUCCAAAGAACGACGGAUGGGUAGUAAAGCAUGAGGGACUUCGCAAGGCGCUUUGA